GUCCAUGCCCCUGUCCACAAUGUCUGCCCGCGCCGCAGUUUGGUUAUAAAGCUCGAUGCCUCCAGACGCCCAUCUGGGUCUUGAUCUCUUUUCCCUUUCCUCACCACACACUCACGCUCGCUAAGCACCUGCAAAUACACCUUGACAUUUUGUCAAUUUCAUUCUUUAACCAACAACCUCAGCAAAUAAUCUUAAUCAAGCUCUUCGAGUUUAAUUCCUAAUCACCGACAAAAUGAAGUUCACCGCUGCUGUCGCUCUCGCCGCCGUCGGCGUCUCUGCCGUCUACGUUCCUCCUAGCAACGUCACCGUCGUGACCGAGGUCGUCGACACCUACACCACCUUCUGCCCCUUCGCUACCCAGAUCACCCACGGCAGCAAGACCUACACCGUCACUGAGCCCACCACUCUGACCAUCACCGACUGCCCUUGCACCAUCACCCGCCCGGUCACCACCACCAGCAGCGUUCUCUGCAACACCUGCGGUGCUGCUGCUCCUACCGGUGCUGUUCCCACUGGCGGCAACGGUGGCAGCGUCCCCCCUGCCUUCACCAACAGCACCAUCAGCUCCCCCACCCAGGCUCCUCCUGCCGGUGGCAACGCUGCUCCCACUGGUCCUGCUGGCACCGGUGCCGGUGUCCCCACCGCUCCUCCCGCCAUUCCCACCGGCGCUGCCAGCAAGGCCGUCCUCUCCGGAGCCGGCCUGGCCGGUAUCGUCGGUCUGGCCGCUUUCGUCCUGUAAAUCUUGUAAAUUUCGACACACCUCGCCAAUAUACCGUCUACGAUUUCUCGGUUCAAUGAUUCUUGGAAGUCGUGGGUGCGGCCUCCGUUCAUGAUUUUGAUAUAAAGGGAGGGAACAAAAGUGUUGGGGUAUUUACUUGUUUGGUUUACGUUCACGGAUGGGAAGUGAUUGGGUCUUUUUUUGGGAUGUAUAGAGAAGGGUUCUCUUGGGUUAUACGGGACAAAUGCAAGCUCGGUGUUCAAGGGAACUCGAUUUUUUUGAUCGCCCCCACGAGAAGAUGCGCUACAAUCAACUGUGUGCGGUCGUUUCUCGGGGCCGGAAUAUAAUGUGUCAAUUUUUUUCUUCUACAGCAAAUUAGGAUGGGUUUGCCCUGACCUCUUCGCAUUUUCACCCUACUUUGAGACAAAACAUCUAAGAAAGAAAAAGACGCCUUUUUUUUCCUGCCUCGGAAAACAUUAUCGAUUCCAUUUCUUUUGUCAGAUUCUUUUUCAACUUCGUUCCUUGCUGCGAUGGUACUCCGGAUCGCACGAGGCCCUUUUUUACAUACUGGCUGGGCGUGUUUAUGGCCUCUUGUCAAUAUUUAUAUACAUAAGUGUCUGUGAGCUUUGGCUAUUGUUUUUGAUAGCUGGCAAGCAGGAAUAGCAUUUACUAAGAGGGCAGUUUUGGCUCGGCAUACUUUCUGUGUCCGUCUCUUCUUUUCCCAUUUUUCACUUGUUUGAUGUGGUGAGACUUGUAUGUCUGAGACAUUGCCGUGAUUCUUGUCUUGGACGAUAAUUCUGCCCACCCACAAGUAAGU